AAAAAGUUGCAGACCAUUGCAAGUAGACUGUAAAGCUCCUCCCUCGGGGUUUCAAACUGGGGAAGUUACUCUUUGACAAAAAACAAACACAAAAAAACCCCCACAAAAACCCCACAGGCAAGGUAACUAGAGGUAUGUUAUGCGCCGAUAAAUUGUCUGCGGCGAGUGCAAGAAUUGGAGUUACGAGGACCGCAGUACUACCAGAUAGAACACGAGUUCCAGACACUCAGCUAUGGAGCGCAAAGUCGGCGUGAAUAAUGUUAAAAUUGCCGUAGUCGGAGGAGGCUUGGUUGGUGCAUUAAAUGCCUGCUUCUUUGCAAAGAGAGGUUUCCAAGUGGAGCUGUAUGAAUCAAGAGAGGAUAUACGAAGGGCUACAGUCGUGAAAGGGAGGAGUAUAAACCUGGCCCUUUCACACAGAGGCCGUGAAGCCCUGAAAGCUGUUGGGAUGGAAGAUAAGAUUGUCUCUAAAGGCAUCCCCAUGCAUGCUAGGAUGAUCCAUUCUCCUUCAGGGAAAAGGUCUCCAAUCCCCUAUGGCAAAAAAGGACAGUAUAUCCUGUCUGUUGAUAGAGCCAACCUUAACAAAGAGCUUUUAUCUGCUGCUGAAACAUACCCCAGUGCCAAGAUGAACUUUGAACACAAACUGGUGGAUUGGAAUUUGGAAUCCGGUUCAAUGACAUUCCUCAGGAAUGAUGGGUCAACCAAAGUGACUACAUGUGAUCUCACAGUUGGGUGUGAUGGGGCCUUCUCUGCUGUUAGAAAGCGCUUCAUGCGACAAAGCCGUUUCAACUACAGUCAGACAUACAUUCCACAUGGGUAUAUGGAACUUACUAUACCUCCAAAACAUGGGGAUUUUGCCAUGGAACCGAAUUUUCUCCACAUUUGGCCAAGAAACACUUUCAUGAUGAUUGCUCUGCCCAACUUAGACAUGACCUUUACCUGCACCCUUUUCAUGCCGUUUGAGGACUUUGAGAAGAUUACCACUGGGGAUGAAGUGCUGGAAUUCUUCCAGAGAUACUUUCCUGAUUCCAUUCCCCUCUUUGGAGAAGAGGCAUUGAAGCAGGAUUAUUUCCGCUUGCCAGCCCAAGCUAUGGUGUCAGUAAAGUGUUCCCCAUACCAUAUUGGAACCGCAUGUGUGCUAAUGGGAGAUGCAGCUCAUGCUGUUGUUCCCUUUUAUGGACAAGGAAUGAACGCGGGCUUUGAAGAUUGUAUUGUUUUUGACGAAUUGUUGGACCAGUAUAACUGUGACUUUAGUAUCUGCCUUCCUGAGUUUACAAGACUGAGGGUCCCGGAUGACCAUGCUAUAGCUGACUUGGCCAUGUACAACUAUAUUGAGAUGCGUGCACACGUCAACUCCAAAUGGUUCCUGUUCCGGAAGCAUCUUGAUAUGAUUCUUCACUACAUGAUGCCGAACACGAUUAUCCCUUUAUACACCAUGGUUACAUUUACAAGAACCCGGUACCACGAGAUAGUAAAGAGAUGGCAAUGGCAGAACAAGGUCAUUAACCGAGGACUUUUUCUUUGUGGGGUGUCUUCGGUUUUAGGUGGCACGUACCUGCUCAUUAAACACCCCCCUUGUACACCAAGCAUUAAGCUGGACCAACUGUGGAACUGGGCCUAGAGUCUGAAGUAACAGAUUUACAAACAGACAGGCCUGGGUGACAGGGUGUAUUUCUGUGUUUCGCGGAUCACCACUAUAUCGAGGCCUCUAAAUAUUUUCAAACCGGGCCUUUUUUGAUGUUUUUGCACGUGUACGUGUGUGUGUAUAUAUAUAUAUAUAUAUAUAUAUAUAUAUAUAUAUAUAUAUACACACACACACACAAAGGGCAAUAUUGCCCUCAGCCUUUGGCUUUGAGCAAUAUAAUAACAUAAUCUCUGUAAGCUAGUAUUGUCCUCCCUCAGGGGCAAUAAUUUUGUGAUAUGUGACUAAAAAAAAAACAGUUGAAGGGCUUGAGUAGGUUUAACCAAUGGGAUAGUCAAAGAUCUGCUCCUUGUUACAACAGUGUAUACUUGCAAGACGAACGACACACGCCUCACGCCCCAAGCCUGACACCCCAAGCCUGGUACCCUUAUAACUCCGCCUCUACAGUGACGCAGUUUCCAAGUCCUCAAGAAACGUCUGCUAAGAAAUAAAUAAUAAUAAUAAUAAUGAUGCACUGAUCCCACCCAUGUGAAGUCAUUUUUUUUUUUUGUUUACAGAAUCUACUUUUCUCUGUAUUGUUAAUGUCGUAACAUGUAAUAUGCCCAUUUUAUUUAUGUUUUUCAAAUAAUUAAUACAUCGACAUUGCGUUCUAAAUAAACCAUUUAAUCAUCAUUACAUUUAUAAAGGCAGUAUUAAUUAAUUGCUUGAUACUCUCUGAUUAAUGUACUACUGUUAGAACGGAACCCUAUAAAAAUGUACCACUGGAUUUUGGAACAAGGUACAAAGGUAUCUGUGAAAGUACAAUUGUAAUGUAUCCUACACCAUCAAUAUACAAUUCCCUGUGUUACAAUAAUGCAGUACAAACAUAAUAAUAGUAUAGCUACACUAUAGAACCGUGGUACAUUUUUAUAGGGCUAUAGCGUCACACAAUCUACAUUUACUUAAUCGUAUUGAAGUAAGAAUUAUGUGUUCCAUUCUCAUCUUAUUUACAAUGUAAAAUUGACAUGCUUACAUGUCUGUAUAGGUUAGCCUAGGUAAACGCAAUAAAAUAUAGGAAGCUGAAGUUCAGGUAGUCACUCAUAUUAUUUGCAUCCCAGUUUUUGUUCUGUCCAUUAAGCUCAUAUGCAAUUUAUCAAAGUUGAAUGAUUAUCCCUUUGUUUAAGUUCCUUUGGUCAUAUCAUGUUGACCUGCUUUUUGUCUGUGUAUCCCACAAGGAUCAUCCCUUCUACAAGUGCAUGUGACCUGGCCCAACAUGGAUUUGUGUGGCACAUAUGCCAAUGGAGUUUGUAUGCCAUAGCUAAAUAUCCCUGUGCCAUGUAUUUGCAUAUUCUAAAUGAAAUACAAACUGAAAUUAGAAUUUCAAUGUAGAUGUAAAAUAAAAAUACAGGCCUGCAUAAA